AUGAGGAGCACGUACGCGCGCUGCGCCCGCAAGAUCAGCAGCGUCAAGAAGAUGGACCUGACUGCCAUGCGCGGUGAGACGACCGAGCUCAACGCACCAAUAAACAGGUGUGCAAAGGUUGCUGCGGACACGGACACGCAGUACAAGGCGAGCCAGGGCCGCAUGGUCGCCGGCCAACAGGUGCAGCAGGAGGACGAGGACCCGGUGAUGAUCAUCGCGUCGGACGACGAAAUGUCCAGUGUCGAGGACAGCUCGGACUCGGAGGACGAGCAGGAAGGCGCGGGGCUCAAGGGCGCCCAGAAGGAGGCGCAACAGCAGCCGAAGGAGAACGAGAUCGCCGAGGACUUUAAGUUCGACGACGGCGGCGCCUUCCACACCGAGAGUGAGGACGAGAUGGAGGAGGAGUCGGAGUCCUCUGAUGACGAGAAGGAGGAGCAGGAUGUAGAAGAGGACGACGUUGUCGUGGAGGAGGUGAAGCGUCUCCAAUCGCUGCUGAAGGACAGCAAGAAGGAUCAGCAGUCGAGUGAAGAGCUGGUGGACGCGUUGGAGAAGAAGGCUGCCAAGUUCUUCGGGAUGGACCCUUUCGCUGCCGAGGAGUUCGGCAAGACCAAGUUCAAGCCUUUCGCCGACUUGAAGCUGUCUCGCCCCAUUAUGCAAACCAUCUAG